AAGUGGAGGUGACAAGCUCACUGCAGUGGUUGCACUUUGUCAUUUCUUUACUGUUGAAAAAAAGAAAGAUUUUUGCUUUUUUGAAAGGAAAAAAAGAAAGAAAGAUUCUUUUUACACGAGAAUAGUGAUACACAAGUACCUCCAUUGCUUCAUAGUAUUCAGAUAAUUAAGGAAAAAAAAAAUGGAGGUGACAAGCUCACUCCAGUUUCAGUCAGAAAGGGAAUCUAAAUAUGACCGGAUGAGUGAACUGAAGGGUUUCGAUGAGUCAAAAACUGGGGUAAAGGGACUUGCAGAUGCAGGGGUAACGAAGAUCCCGCAGAUAUUCAUCCAUCAUCAUCAAGAUAACGAUUCAGGUUCCUCAUCCUCCGACUCCAACUUCAGCAUUCCAAUCAUAGACUUUGAAGGCAUCGACAGAGAUGCUGGUCGACGCGCUAAGAUUGUUGAAGAAAUCGGAGAUGUGUGUGAGAAGUGGGGUUUCUUUCUGGUUGUUAAUCAUGGAAUUGAGGCAACCGUGCUGGAUGAGAUGAUCAAUGGGGUGCGUAGAUUUCACGAGCAAGACUACGAGAUUAAGAAAGAAUUUUAUACACGCGAUGAAACGAAAAGUGUGAGAUAUAACACCAACUUAGAUUUCUAUCAAGCAGGAGCAGCCAAUUGGAGGGAUACCAUAUAUUGUUCUGUGGCUCCUUCUCCACCCAAGCCUGAAGAUUUGCCACAAGCAUGCAGAGAUAUAAUGGUUGAUUACUCGAACGCAGUAAUGAGAUUAGGCCUUACUGUAUUCGAGUUGCUGUCGGAAGCUCUUGGGCUCGAGCCCAACUACCUCAAAGACAUGGGUUGUGCCGAUGGACUUUAUCUUUUGGGCCAUUACUAUCCACCAUGCCCAGAACCAGAUUUGACUUUGGGCCUCAGCAAACACACCGAUAGUGCAUUCCUCACUAUCCUUUUACAAGACCAAAUAGGUGGCCUUCAAGUCCUACAUCAAAAUCAAUGGGUCACUGUCACUCCCAUUCCAGGGUCAUUGGUCUUCAACAUGGGAGAUAUGAUGCAGCUAAUCUCCAACGAUAAGUUCAAAAGCGCGUUUCACAGAGUACUGGCAAAGAACAUAGGCCCAAGAAUCUCCGUGGUUAGUUUUUUACAUUUCAAUCUAAAGACUAUCCCUAAGUUGUAUGGGCCAAUCAAGGAGCUGCUAUCAGAAGAACACCCCCCAAUCUACAGGGAAACCACAUUAAAAGAUUAUGUUUUCUCGAAAAAACUAGAUGGGAUCUCUAAACUAGAAGAUUUCAAACUUAACCGAUUCACAAUUCCUGUCAUCAACCUUGGCGACACCGUCGGCCGGCAUGCCGAGGUUGUCGCGAGUGUCCGGCAGGCCGCUGAAAUGGGAUUCUUCCAGGUGGUGAAUCAUGGGAUAGACGAGAGUGUGUUGGAGGAGAUGUUGGCGGCGGUGCGUAGGUUUCACGAGCUGCCAAGGGAGGUGAAGGCUGAGUACUACAGUAGGGACCCGACAAGGAGGGUGAAGUUUGAGAGUAACUUUGAUUUGUACAAGUCCAGGUUCGCUAACUGGAGGGACAACAUGUUUUGUGUUAUGGGUCCUGAGGAUCUUGACCCUCUGGAUUUUCCUCUUGUCUGCAGAGACAUAAGUAUCAAGUAUUCAAAGGAAGUGAAUACAUUAGGGAUCACAUUGUUUAAAUUGCUAUCGGAAGCACUUGGGCUGAAAGCAGAGCAGCUGAUCGAGCUGGAUAUGGCAAAGGGACAAGCUCUUCUUCUUCACUACUAUCCAGCAUGCCCUGAACCCGAAUUGACUCUUGGCACCAGCAAACACUCGGAUCCUGAUUUCUUAACCAUCUUACUUCAAGACCAUAUUGGCGGCCUUCAAAUUCUUCAUCAAGACCGUUGGAUUGAUGUCCCCCCUUUGCCUGGAGCUCUAAUAGUUAACAUUGGUGAUCUCUUAGAGCUCUUGUCUAAUGAAAGAUUUAAAAGCAUAGAGCACCGAGUGGUUGCGAACCGAGCAGGACCAAGAGUCUCUGUUGCAUGCUUUUUCACUCCGAACUUUUAUCCAUCAAGAAUUAUUAAGGGUCCCCUCAAGGAAUUGUUGUCAGAAGAUAAUCCGCCUGUAUUCAGGGAGACCUCGGUGCAAGAUCUCAUUGCUCACUACUAUGAGGGAGGACUUGAUGGGAACUCUGCUCUUUCACAUUUCAAGUUGCCAAAGUAACAAUUGAAAUAAGACUACUCUUUGAUUUGUGAUAUGAAUAUUCCAUAAUGUUGCUUGUAAAACAUGUUCUUCUUACUUGGAAUGCUGGGGGUAGUUCUCUUUGUCUGACUCUGUCAAUAACAGGACAGGAUGUAAUAAAGUGAUGUUUUUCAAUUAGGAUUUGUCCGAAUCCUUGGAGAAAUUUCAUUAGUCUCCUUGACAUUU